AUGUGUCUGUCCGUGUGGGUGCUGGACGGCCAUCCGCUCUACGCGCUGCUCCUCGCUUCCAACCGCGACGAGCUCCUCGCUAGGCCCACGGACCCCGCGCACUAUUGGCGUGACGACCCGCGCGUGCUGGCGGGGCGCGACCUGCAGUGCGGGGGCACGUGGCUGGGCGCGAGCACGGGCGGGCGCGUCGCGUUCCUCUCCAACUGCUGGGCCGUCCGCAAUCGCGCCGACGCUGUCAGCCGCGGCGCCCUCAUCUCCGACUUCCUCCAGGGCGCGUGGCGCGCGGACGGCACCGAAGGCGCAGGGGGCGCGGAAGGCGAGGAGGGCGCGGAGGGCGCAGGGGGUCCGCGCGAGUACCUGGAGUCCGUGGCGCGGCGUGCGCACCUCUUCAACGGGUUCAACCUCGUUGCUGCUGACGUGGCAUUUGACGAGAGCAGGCACAGCGCGGAUGCGGCAGCAGUGGAGGAGCAGGACCAGGAGCGGAAACAGGGGCGAGCAAGCACAGAGGGGGGAGGCGCAGAGGGCGCAUGUGGGGAGGAAGCCAGCAGUAGCCCCUCCGCGCAUGUGCGCAUGUACUACCUGACCAACGCCCCGCCUCAUGAGGGGGGGAGCGCAAGUAGGGGCGCAGAUGGUGGCGGGAAGGAGCGGGAUGGGGCGGCAGCAUGUGGUGUGAUGCGCGUGGAGAGAGGGCUGCAUGGACUCAGCAAUGCGGCUCUCGACACUCCCUGGAGCAAGGUGGAGCGAGCCAAGGAGCACCUAGCUGAGCUGCUGGCGGAGAGUAAGGGGGGCGAGGUGCCAGCAGAGGUGAUUAUAGAGAGAGUGCUCAUGGACGCGUGGCAGCCUGUGCACCCUCACACCAGUGCUGACGUGGCUGAGGCAGAGCACUGCCCUAUGGGGCCGGAGUAUGAUCAGAGGCUGACACCUGUCUUUGUCAACUGUGACACUCCCAAGGGGGCGUAUGGAACGCGCAGCUGCAUAGUGGUGGCGGUGCACCGCUCUGGGCUGGUCGAGUUCACAGAGAAGUCCAGGAGAUCGGAGCACCGGGCGGUCUCGAGGGGCCACGGGUCCAACCCGCAUCGUAACAUCGGCUUUGUGACCUUUGAUGACGCAGCAUCGGUGGACAAGGUGUUGGAAGAGCCGCGGGAGUUGGAUGGAGCCACGCUCGCCAUCGACAGAGCCACGCCCAAGGACGAGGGGCCAAGGGGCGGAGGUGGAGGGGGCUACCGGGGGUCCCCAGCGCGCCCGUUCCGCGCGUACCCCCCGGGGGCCAUGGCGCUGCCCAUGUCGCCCUUCGACUUCAUGCCCCCCAUGGCCGCCUUCGCCUCCGCCUACCCCGCCUACCCCCCCGCCAUGCUCUAUGGCGCGCCCAGGGAGCCCGCCUAUACUGCUGCGCCUCCUCCUCCGCAGGGGCAUGGGGGGGCGGGCGGGCAGGGGUAUGGGGGGGGAGGCGGGGGCAGGGCGGUGCACCCGACCAAGAUAUUUGUGGGGAAGCUGCCGCAUGACGCCACUGUGGGGGACAUUCGCGAGUACUUCGGGCGGUUUGGACCAGUGGAGGACGUCUACCUUCCCAAGGACUCGGCCAAGGGAGGGCACAGGGGGUUCUGCUUCGUGACGUUCCUGGAGGAGGAGGUGGCAGCCUUCGUUGCCAAGAGGCAGCAUGAGAUCUGUGGCCGCACCGUGGCGGUGGAGAGGGCAACGCCACAGGAAGGCGCUCCCCCCCCAGCCCCCUCCUCCGCCGCGUACCUGCCCUCCGCAUAUGCCCCUGCCCCCUCCGACCCCUCCCUGGGUCCCUCCUCAGGGCCCAGGAGCCCGGGGGCAGCAGCGGCGGCGGCAGCAGCGCAGGGCUAUUACAUGGCGGCAGCGCAGCAGGCGUAUGGGCAGGCGCCUGCUCCUGGGGCUGAGUACGGGCAAGCUGCG